AUGUCUGUUCCAUUGACUUUAAGUACACCUAUUUUAUAUAUUGUUUCAAACUUAGGUUCAAAGUGUUAUUCGAAUGUCGACAGAAACUACUAUGACCAAAAGAUACUCAUGCGUAUAAACAACACUUUCUCUGCUGGUUUGCCUAUUGUUCAUUCGAAUGCAGAAUUUUCAACCUUAGUGAACUCAAACACUUUGGCAAGUAUAACGUUGACAUUAGUCGACGCAAACUUUGUUCCUGUAAAACUUUUAUGUCCUAUGUAUUUGUCAAUGACGGCAGAAAGUUUCGAAUUGGAAGAUGCAACUGGUGAAAGUAUUGUAUUACAAGAACAACUUCAACAACAAAUAGCUCAAGAACAACAAAUGCAACAAAUGGAACAAAUGCAACAACAAAGUCAAGAAUAA